AUGGCUGGAGGGAAGAACGUGUCCUCAGGAGGAGCGCUGAGGAGAGGAGCUGAGCGGGGGCUCCGUUUGGACCGAGGAGAAGCCGGGGGGUGGACGGGGGCUCUGGAUAAAGAUAAAGUCUCGUCGAACAAGACUCCUAAAGUGGACCGCAGCGAUGGGGUCAAGGAGAUGAAGGACAAGGCUCCCAAGCGGAAGCUUCCCUUCACCGUUGGAGCCAAUGGGGACCAGAAAGACUCAGACUCAGAAAAGCAAGGUCCGGAGCGGAAGCGUGUUAAAAAGGAGCCCACCAACACCAGGAAGCCCAGCCUACCCUUUGGGAUGGGCAAGCCGGGGAUCCGGGCUGGGUACCCCCUCUCCGAGCGACAGCAGGUGGCCCUGCUCAUGCAGAUGACUGCCGAGGAGUCAGUCAACAGUCCAGACACCACACCAAAGCACCAGUCGCAGUCCAGCGGGGGCCAGAAGGGAACGCCAAACUCUGCCUCAAAAACCAAAGACAAAGUAAACAAGAGGAACGAGCGGGGCGAGACGCGGCUGCACCGGGCCGCCAUUCGUGGGGAGGCACGCCGCAUCAAGGAGCUCAUUAAAGAGGGAGCUGACGUGAAUGUAAAAGACUUUGCAGGCUGGACUGCAUUGCAUGAAGCAUGCAACAGGGGCUACUAUGAAGUGGCCAAACAGCUGCUGGCAGCCGGUGCAGAGGUCAACACCAAGGGUGGGGACGACGACACCCCUCUGCAUGAUGCAUCCAACAAUGGGCACUUCAAGGUGGUGAAGUUGCUGUUGCGAUAUGGAGGUGACCCUUGUCAAAGCAACAGAAAAGGUGAAACGCCGUUGAAGGUGGCAAACUCCCCAACCAUGCUCAAUCUGUUGCUGGGAAAAGGCACUUACACCUCCAGCGAAGAGAGCUCUUCUGAAUCCUCGGAGGAAGAGGACGCUCCUUCGUUUGCCCCAUCCAGCUCUGUUGACGGCAAUAACACAGACUCAGAGUUUGAGAAGGGCCUGAAGUUGAAAGGGAAGAGCCUUGAUCCUCCCAAGUCAACCACCACCACACCCAUCAAGGAUGAAUACGAGUUUGAUGAGGAUGAUGAGGUGGAACGCGUCCCGCCUGUCGACGACAAGCACCUACUCAAGAAGGACUUCCGCAAGGACCCUGUCACCAAGCCCAACAGCUUCAUCUCAAUACCCAAGAUGGAGGUCAAAACCUAUUCCAAAACCAACUCGCUAACACCAAAGAAGCCUGCGCGUCGCAUCAUGUCGGACAGCAACAGCUCAGACGAGGACGACCGCACUUUGUGUUUCACCCCCACACCGACGCAGCGGCAGUCAACGCCGGCCACCAAUGCCAAAAGCCGGGACUCCGCUGCUCUCAGCUCCAAGCAACAGCAGAAGGAAAAGAGUAAAGUCAAAAAGAAGAGAAAGAAGGAGACCAAGAGCAACGCCAGCAAGGAGGUGCGGUUUGGCAAGUUCUGUACCUCAGAUUCAGAGAUCGGAGAUUUGGAGAGUGAGGACGACAAGGGCUCAUUGCAGAGCUCAAACUGUUUAAAGGACUCUAAUGCCCUGAGCCUUAAAGAGUCGUCCGUUUUUAGCUCGCUCUCUGCCUCCUCCUCUUCGUCCUCACACGGGAGUUUAAGUUCGCAGAAGCUGACACAGUCUCUGGCUGAGCAGCAUCCGAAGCAGUGGCGGACUGAUGGCUGGAAGACGGUGUCCUCUCCACCAUGGUCUGAUGUCAGCUCACUCUCAGAUUCAGUCAGAGAGAGGCUUUCCAGCGAGUCAGAUUACUCCUCCGCAGACUCGAGUGUGGAGUCUGUGAAACAGGUGAAAAAGAAAGUCCCGGACAGUAAAAAGAAAAACAAUGCACAUGCCAGUGCGAUAGACAAGAAGAGCUCGGACUUUUAUAAGACCUCCAACACAGAUGGAGCGGUCUCAAAAACAGACAAAGAUGGCAAAGUGUUGAAGAAGCAUAAAGUGAAACACAAACAUAAAAACAAGGAGAAGGAGAAAGCCCCCAGUCUUGUGCUGAAUCAAGACAUGAACGAAAAGUUUGUCAAGAGUUAUUCCUUUGACUAUGAUGAUUCUCGGCAAAAGUCACUCAUUGUUGAGUCAGAGGCUACGUCUGAAAGUAAGGUGAAGCUUUCUAAACAUGAUAAAGAUCACUUUAAGAAAGAGGAUAGGUUGCCUAAGGGUAAAUCUGAAGACAAAGAAUGGACUGGAAAGGAGGUACAAAGGGGCAAUAAAGAAGAGAAAUCUAAGAAGACAAAAGAGUCCACCAAGGAGAAAGCCAGCAAAGAGGAGCGGGACAAAGCGAUAAAAUCUGAGAAGGACAGGGGCAUCAAGGAUAAAGAAAAGCCCAAGGACGACAAGCAGAAAGCUCACAAAGAUGACAAAAAGAAAAAGUCCAAGGACAAGUCCUGUAAACCUGACAAAAAGAUUGAACUUAAAGAGGAGAAACAUUUUAAAUCAGAGAAGGAGAAAAGCUCCAAGGAGGAGAAGGAGAAGUCAAAGAAAGACAAGGUGCUGAAGGAGGAGCCGAUCUACGAUGAGUAUGACAUCAAAAAUAAUUUUUUAGAGGACACAAAACUCAGCGCCUCAGACGAUCCCCAUGACCGAUGGCAGUCGGACCUUUCCUCAGAUUCACUUUAUGGGGAUGGAGAAGACAGCUGGGACACUCCAGUCAAGGAAUACAAAGAGUAUAAGUCAAACAACGCUGUCAAACUGACUGUGGAGACGGUAAAAGAAGAGAGCCGAGACCGAAAGAAGGAGAACAAAGUUAAGGACAAAAAGUCAGAUUACGGGGACAAACGCUCAGAGAAAGACACCACGACCAAGAAAAAAGAUAAAGACUCUUCUGAAAAAGUCAGUGAAAAGAAAAAGGACUGGACAGAUAAACAGAAACUAAACUCCAGCUACUCAGAAAAAGAGAAGAAGCGGAAGGAGUCCACAGAGGUCGUCAAAGACAGGAAGGAAAAGGAUUCAGUCGAUGGCAGCAGAGACAGAAAAGACUCCUACGAAUUUUCUAAAGAGAGAAAAGACUCUAAAGCUAAAGUGGAAUCUUUGAGAGAUGAGUAUGGCGGAGAAUCCUUCUUCAAAGACAAAUCUGAGAGUGAAACCACUGGCAAAUCUGAACUCAGGGAGAGAAACCACUCUGGCAAGGAGAAGAAAGGGGAUGGAGUGGAGAAGAAAGAAAAAUCUAAAGGAGAUAAACACAAGGACAAGCCAAAAGACAGAAGCCAAGACCAGGAGAAGGAGAAGGCCGAUAGAAGCUCCAUGGAAAAAGUCCUCAAGGAGAAAGACACUGACAGAAGCUCUAAGGAGAAGAAGGAAGGAGCAAAAGACAAACACAAAGACUCCCAUAAUAAAGACAAAGACCGCAAAGUGUCAUCUGAUCAGAGCAAAGACAAGAAGGAAAAGACUGUGCUGGAAAAACAUAAUGACCGGGACAAGGAGUUCCUGGAGCUAAAAAAGGAAGAACGUAAACCUGAGAAGAAAGAGAAGACGUGGUACAAAAUCGAAGACAUCUUCACAGAUGAGAGCGAAGAUGAGGAGGAUAACUAUAAUGGCGGCGUGGCAAAAUUAAGUGACUCUCUUGGUCUGUCAGAUUCCCACCGAAAAGACUCAACACCUGAUGUGGAUGAGUUAGACCUCUUCCAGUCAGAGAAACAUAGGAAAUAUUCUGCAGAAGUGAAGCAGCACUCCACAGACAAACAGAAAGACAAGGAGCAUAAAGAAAAGAAGAAAGAUAAGACCUCAUUUGAUCCCGGAAAAGAAAGGAAAGGCUCUUUGGAAAAACACAAUAAGGAUAAAAAGGACAAGGAGUCAGCAGACACAAAACACAAAGAUCGCAAAGACAGAAUAUCGGUGGACUCAAAUCAGGACAAGAAAAAUAAGCAAAAACUUGUGGACAAGAGAGAAGUCAGCGAAGAGAAGGGCAAGAGCAAAUACAAAGACAAGCAAGACCACCUGAAAGACAGAAAAGCAUCCAAGGGGAGUGGUGAAAAUGAGAAAUCAUUGCUGGAAAAGCUUGAGGAGGAGGCCAUGAAUGAUUACAAGGAUGACUCCAAUGACAAGAACAGCGAGAUCUCAUCUGACAGUUUCACAGAUAGAGGCCACGAGCCCGUGCCGAGCAGUUUGUAUGACUCUUCCACCAUUAGCUCUCUUGACAUCACAGAGGAAAGAAGAGACUCCCUGUCCAUUACCAAUCCUCAGGACAAAUUCAGGGAAAAAGAGAGGCAUCGACACUCAUCCUCCUCUUCAUCCAAGAAGAGUCAUGAAAAGGAGAAGGACAAAAUCAAGAAGGAAAAAGGAGAGAAGAGAGACAAGCCUGAGGAAAUCAGAGAAGUCUAUGGUCGCAGGGAAAGCUUACCUUAUGAGAAAGAACCUAUGCCACUCGAAGCUGAUCCUUAUACCUUCCCGUAUGGGGCGAAGACAGAGGGAGAGGAUGAUUUUGAUAAAACUCUGGAAUUUGAAAAGGAGAUGUCCAAAAAGGCUGACAAGGACAAGGCAAGCAGUAUCAUCAGCAUUGACAAAAUGAAAGACAAAAAGAAAAAGGAGAAACAUAAAGAGAAGGUGAAGGAGGAAAAGCAUAAAUACUCUGAUGCGUUUGGAUCAUUUAGGCACUCCAAGGAAGAUUUGAAAUCUGGAGUAAAGGAGAGUCCUCAAGUGACUAAUGUAAAGGAAAAGUCUAAAGAAGACAGUCCAAAAUACGAUCCCAAAAGUAAAGAACGACACAGGGACAUCUUGGACAAAGACAACAGAGUGGACUUUAGCAAGACAAAGGUCAAAGAAGAGAAUGACAAACUCACUCCCACAUCCAAAGACUCUACUCGAAAAGACAGCCGUCCGCGUGAGAAACUGCUCGUGGAUGGAGAUCUUAGGCUGACGAGCUUUGGUAAAAUGCUCAGUUUAAAAGAUCAAGAGGUGGAAGAACGGCAUAAGAAACACAAAGAGCGGAUGAAACAGAUGGAAAAGUUGAGACAUAGGUCAGGUGAUCCUAAACUCAAGGACAGAAGCAAGCCAAGUGAAGAGCUGAAGAAGAAUCGUAAUGACCUGUCCUCUAAAAAAUCAAGCUCUCUGGAAUCUGCGUUGAAAGAGAAGAAACUCAAAGAUGUUGGUCUUCCGGCUCAAAUGAUGUCACCUGAUAGAAAGUCCCAGCCAUUGGACAGUCAAAAUUCAAAGGACUGGCUAGCUGGCCAUCAGAUGAACGAAAACCUUCCUGCCUCCCCCAGGCCUGAUCAGAAUAGACCAACAGGAGUUCCCACUCCCACGUCAGUGAUCUCUUGCCCCAGUUAUGAGGAAGUCAUGCAGACUCCACGCACACCAUCUUGCAGUACAGAGGAUUACCCUGAAAUUGUGUUUGAAGACCCCUCAGUGAAUGCCUGUUCACCAUCAUUCUUUGACAGAUAUUCUAAUCCAUCUCACAACUACCAAGAGACCACUUGCCUCACACCAGCUAAAAAUCUCCAGCUUCCUCUGGUCAGUCGGUCUGCGUCCUGUGAUGUUAGAAGACCUCUGGAAGAGGAGUUCAAGGCAGAGGCUGACAAAUUCCCUCGUUCGCAGAGUGCCUCUGGAGCUUCCGAAUAUGAGUCCUCUGCCUCCUAUCCUCCUGAAGACAGACUUGUCUGUCCAUCUCCUCCUUACUUCUCCCCUCCCAUCGAAAUGCUUUCACCGAGGCCCGACUCUUCCCAACACCUGCCAGAUGGAUCUACAUCAAAUGCGGUUACUGACAGUGAGCACCCCACAGACAACAUUUAUAGCAACUUCCUGCCAAAGCCUUCAACUCCAGUCCACAGACCCGAUCCCCAAGAGCCAUGCCUGGACAUUGCUGCUCCACCAACCCCUGCCCCUGCCGCUCUGCCUCCCAUGGACAUCGAUGAUCUCUCAGAGCCUCCCCAUAGUGAGCCCAGACUGUUGCCAUCAGACCCCGUCAGUGGGAGCGAUUACUUGCCCGCUGUCACUGAAGAUCCAGAGGUUGAGGAGGAGGAGGAGGAGGAGGAAGAGGAGGAGGAGGAGGAAGAGGAGGAGGAGGAGGAAGACAACGAGGAGGAGGAUGUGGAUGAUGAUGAUGUGGAAGAUGUUGCAGAGGCUGAGCAUUCUGCAGAGAAAGCCAUUGAGUCCAGAGAGGACAGACCAUUCUCUCCAGAAAUUGAGAGUACUCUGAAAAAGAGCUGGCCCGAGUCUCCAGACAGGAGGGAUGUAGAGAUACUCACUUUGACACCCACACAUCAGCCUGUCAGCAUCACAGAGAACCCCUGUGACCAAGCCUUGAGCUGGAAUCCAGUGGUAGGCUUGAAGUCACCCCAGUCAUCUUAUGCCGAGGUAGAAGCAGCAGUUUCAAAGAUUAGCAGCCCAUUCCACCACUCGGAUGCUGAUCUACCGCACAUCCCUGUCCAUCCAUCAGUGACACCACCAUAUUCUGCUUAUCCAACUGCAACUUACUGCUUAGCACACGUUGCCGAGCCUGAGUAUGAAGCUCCUAAAGAGGAAGUGCAUGACCUUCCAUCACCCAAAACACCUUUACCAGAGCCUAUGGAGCCUGAGACAAACUAUAUGGCAUCAUCCUCUACGACACAUAUUGAGUCUUUCUUCCCAGAUUGCAAACCCAGCAUGGAAGAGGAUCAGCUUCACCCAGAGCCUCCGUGUGUGACGCAUGAGAGUAGACAGAACUCUCUCGGCUACCCUACUGAGGAUACUAUGGCCCCUGCCGUUAGCCGCGAGCCUGUGGUGCCUUGGGCCGACCCAUUCUCUGCUACAGUGGAUGAGCUAGAUGACUUAGGACCAUUCUCUCUCCCAGAUCUUCCAUUCCAAGAGAAAGGUAUGGCAGAGCCAGGAAUAACGGACCCUGUGCCAGUGGAACAUCCCCAUUCCGGAAAUCUGAUGAAGUCAGAGAGAGCCAUGGAAACCAGAGAGGAAGAGCCUGAACUUAUAGAAGUGGACUUGCCUCUGCUGCCUAAAGCACCAUGUUCCCCAGUUUUGGCACCACCAGAAGCUCCUCAGGAUUCUGUGUUUACACCACAUGAGAGCGAAUACAGACCUGAGAUAGAACCUGAGCCUGAGCGCAUGCAGGAAGAUGACCUGAAAGAGGCAGCCCAUGAAGAACCUGCCACUUUGACUGAGUCUGUCAGUGAUGGGGCAAUGCUGUUUCCUGCAGCACUCACCGAAAAUGACCAGGAUUAUGGACAAAAAGAAGCAUCCACUGAAAUGUCCCUCUCUGCCACAGUGUCUACUCUGGAGUUGAAACCUGAGCAGAGAAGUGUCACGCCGACUUUGAUUGUAAGCGCAUCUAGUAGUCCUCACCACUCGACUUUGGUCACAGCUGCUGUUACCACCUCUUGUACAGUACAGGUGACCGAGGUUGCUGACUCUUCCUCUAAACUGACUGUGUCGGUGACUGCAACAUCUGAGGUGUCUAAGAAGGUGGAGAUUGCCCCGAGAAUGACCCGCACCCGGGCCCAGAUGCUUGCCAUCCAGAACAAGCAGCAGAACACGACAGUCAGCCCUGUUAGCGUGACUGCGUCGUCUGCCACCUCAUCGGUCACCACCACAGCCACGCUCACUACCCAGACCACAGCCUCCUCCUUGCCCGCAGAGAAAGAGAAGGAUCCCAUCAGCAACUCAACCCCACCGAGCGCCACCCCAGCCGCUCCUCCUGGCACCAAAACCAAGGGGCGGCCAGUGGAGGACGAGGACUCCCAGGUGCAGCACCCACGCAAGAGGAAGUUCCCGAAAUCAGGCCAGCAGCCUGUGCAGGUCCAGCUGGUGAACACGGCCAUGCAGCAGACGCGAGAGAUGAUCCAGCAGACGUUGGCGGUCAUCGUGAACGCCAUCAAGCUGGAUGACAUCGAGCCCUACCACAGCGACCGCUCCAACCCGUACUUCGAGUACCUGCAGAUCCGCAAGAAGAUCGAGGAGAAGCGAAAGAUCCUGUGCUACAUCACACCCCAGGCCCCUCAGUGCUAUGCCGAGUACGUGACUUACACCGGCUCCUACCUGCUGGAUGGCAAGCCUCUGAGCAAACUUCACAUCCCUGUGAUCGCUCCGCCCCCAUCUCUGACAGAGCCCCUCAAGGAUCUCUUUAGGCAGCAGGAGGCUGUGAGAGGGAAGCUGAGACUGCAGCACAGCAUUGAGCGGGAGAAGCUGAUUGUCUCCUGUGAACAGGAAGUCCUGAGAGUUCACUGCAGAGCAGCCAGAACGAUAGCCAAUCAGGCUGUUCCGUUCAGUGCUUGCACCAUGCUGCUGGACUCUGAGGUGUACAACAUGCCAUCUGAAAGCCAGGGGGAUGAAAACAAGUCGGUGAGAGAUCGCUUCAACGCUCGCCAGUUCAUUUCCUGGAUUCAAGAUGUAGACGACAAGUAUGAUCGCAUGAAGACGUGUCUGCUGAUGCGCCAACAGCACGAGGCCGCCGCUCUCAAUGCCGUGCAGCGGAUGGAGUGGCAACUCAAGGUGCAGGAGCUGGACCCUGCCGGGCACAAGUCCCUGUGCGUCAACGAGGUCCCUUCCUUCUACGUGCCAAUGGUGGACGUCAACGACGACUUUGUGCUGCUGCCGGCAUGACACGAAAACCAAUUCAUCCCCACAUUGUGUGCGGCCUCUCUCAAUCUUUACCCUUUCGUAGAGACACCAGGCAGAACAUAUGGUAAGGGCUAGCUGGUUUUGAAAAGGAGGAUACUUUUCUUUUGAGGAAAAAAAAGCAAAACGUAUAUAUAUUAUAUAGUUAAAGAUGAAAAAGAACUUCCUAUUGAUUUCUUUUCCACUGUACAAGUGGGGAGCAUCUUUUUAACCGGGGGAAAAAAAACACACGACUUGCACUUUCAUCCUUCAAGUUUUUAUGCUUUUUUUUUUGGUUUGGGAUGUAAGGAAGCAACACAGCUUUGCUCUGAAGCUUACCCACCUCAGCCCCCCCUCUGAUGACGUGAGGAGCAACACUGGGGAGAAAGAGGGACAAACAAAGUAUUUUUCUUCAAUUUUAUUUUUAAAUACUUUAAAAAAACAAAAACUGUUCAACGAGAGAGGAUUGCACCCCCCACCCACCCAGUUGGCACAGCGGUGGACAAGGAACUUCAGGGCUAGCCAGAAAAGGCUAAUGGGGAGCAAAACGGAUGCAGAAGUAGAAGGUGCAGAGAGCAGUUUCUGUCAAGCUAUUAAAAAAAAAAACAGAAAAAACACACAUACAAACUCCGAGGCAUGCCCGUGGCACCUUGAAACUCUCUUUGUCCUUUCUUUUCCUGGAGAGGACGAGCCUUUGCGGACAUGUACGACCUCACAUGACGUGACGGCACUCCCUGCUCUUCGUGCUCUUCAGCCUGGGCUGUCUCGGAGCAGAGGCUGCAGCAGAGGCCUGCGCCAGGGGGUGAGUCGAGAGGGGCAGCAGCACGCGGGCCAGGUGGCCGGGGUUGCGGGUCCCUAUGCAUCAGGGACUGCGGCGGGGGACGAAAGACUGACUACAGCAGGAGGGUACGGCCAGCCAGCAUGACACCCAAAGAGCUCCCUGCUGCUGCACCUCCUCCCCUCGUCUACCCCGACCAACAAGAGGAGCCCAGAGUGUAGGCCUGCACGUGAGGGGGGUGGACCUCAGCCUCUGGCAGCCUGCGCAAGACCCAGCCCCCAUAAUGCCUGCGCCAGCGCAUAACCUGCAAAUGACUGCAUAAGGAGAAAAAACAACAACAAAAUAAAAAUAAAAAAACGAGGACAACACGUUAUACAAAAGAAUGUUUUAAAAUCAAGAGGCAAAGACUUCUAAAAGAUGGUGUUUUAGUGGAGAAUAUUCUUUUUUUUGUCUAUUUCUUUACUUGGGCAUUUCAUUGUUUCUCUUUCUGAGGACGUGACUUGAAACACUACAGAGCCAACAUUAGUUUAAUGGAAAAAAAAUAAGAAAAACUGAAAAAAAAAAUUGUAUUCCGUAAAUGAUGUACAGUUUUUAUAUUCGUUAACCAAUGUAUUCUCGCUGCCUUCUAGAUAAUUUAUUUUGCCACACAUUACUGCACAGUUGUAAAUAAAUUAUGUACUGUAACAUCACUCAGUUAAGUGUAAAAAAAAUAAAUGAAUAAAAAUUAUCUUUGUAUGUACAGUUCACUUUUGGGCAGCACUCCCCCCACCCCAGCAUCCCCUCCCAUGGGCCAAAAGGUGUACACAUUGUCAGUAUGUAGGAGACUAUUCAGUGCAUGGCCCCAAACGGCGUAGCCCUGGCCUGGCUGAAAUGUGCCCUUGGUUGACAUCAGAAGUCAUUGAGCUAACUCCCCUCCACUCUUUCCAAUGGAAAACUCCUAGUUGUAAAGGGCCACUACCAUAGUCUUCAGAUGUAGCAGUGUGGUUACUGAAUUAUUGAGAAAAAAUAGAGGUAUUUUAUUCAUUGCUUUAUUAUACAACUAUUCUAUCUUUGGAGAAAAAAAAAUAAAACCGAGAAAAUGCCUUUUUACAGUCAACAUUUUGAGUUUUCUCAUAACGCUGCACAAGUGAACUAAAUAGGAACAUCAGGCAAUAUCAUAACCUAAACUCAUUCAGGUUCAGAUUCAAAUAUUGCCAUCUGAUCCAUUCAGUACACAGAGAAAUAUUAUACUUUCAUUUCAGCGGCAGCGUUCUUAUCACUUCUUGCUUUUUUUUAGUCAUCUUUAGUCAUUCAUCUUCUGGUCUAGACUUGGCAAGAGUCUGUGAAAACCUCAAUAGCUUUAACUUGCAGCCUAAUAGCAAAAUAAGUCCCCUGACUAUUUCUCUGGAGCAUAAGUUUAACUGUAUGAAUGACCAGACCUUGUUCAAAGAUUCUAGUUGGGAUCUAGCAGAGUUACAUACUCUUUGAUGUGAGUGGAUUUUUAACAGAUUAUUCUCAUAAGCAACAUUACACGUAUGGGUUCUUCUUUUCCUAAAGGAUUCAUUCGAGCUUCUGUUUGAUUGUAGAAUAGCAAAUUUAUCAGUGUUUGUUUUAGUUACAGAAAUAAAGUCUCGGUUAUUGCCCAAGCGGAAAGAAGUACAGGUUUUUGCCUCUCUGUAAGAACACCUUAGAAGCAAAGAGAGGCUCAGUGUAUCAUUCAGAGAUUUUAAAAAAAAAAAGUCAUGAUAUUUUUUGCUCAGUUGAACAUUUUUGUAAAAACAAGCCUUUCGUUUUUGUGUCCUCAAAGAGCUGUCGUUGCAUCUUAAACUAUCCAACAAUAUACACGCAGGCAAAUCUCCCCCACCUCCCCGUGUUAAAUCCACCUAAGUGGUGGGUUUUUGACAGAGUACUACACGCGGUCAUCAUGUGUGCGUGUUUGGGUUUUCACUUGUUUUGUGCCCCUUUCUCAGAUAUUCCCUAAUGCUGUGCGCUGUUGUCCUUGAUGUGAUUGUGCAGCCUGCUCUAGAUUUCUAUGCCUUGCCAAGGGCUAGGAGACUUGUUAUGGUAUCCAAGAAUCAUCAUAAUGUCCCUCUGUUCAAAGCAGGGGGUCACACAGCCGUCUGGCAGACUAAAAAGGGACAGAGGUACAGGGAGAUGGUUAAGAGGUAGUCGUGCGUUGAUUUUAAUGGACCUUUUAGUUCAAACAGCUAGAUUUAGCUUUUUCUCUGCGGUCCUUUUUUUGCAUUCCUCACGGGUCCUGCUUUUUAGUUGUUGUUUUUUUUUUUUUUUCAUCUUUUCUUGUUAGCUGCCUGUCAUGUAGCGUGAGUCUUUGUGUUGUUUGUUUUGGCCACCAUCCUGAUUUUUUUUUUUUUUUUCUGUUGACGUUGUGAAGUUCUGACACUUUUGUUUAUGUAUGUGAUUUUUGUCUGUUUGUUGCAGGUGUUUGCUAUUUCUGCAAUGUUUGACUAAAGCCUUUUGGUCUUUUUGUACAAAUCAGUGCAAAGGAGAAUACAGAAGUCUUCACUCACACCAAAACCAAUUGCAUAUUCUAAAUCUAAAGCAUUUUAAUGAAUUUUUAAUUAGAUUUUUUUUUCUUAUUGGUUUCACAAUUGGUGUUUGGUUGCAAGAAAAAUCCUUGUGUUUUUCAAAUGGUACAUUCAAUGUUUGCUGUUGUCUUGUGGAUCAGAUUGUUUUCCCUUCAUACAACAUGCAUUACAGUGGCUUGUCAUUCAUUGGUAUUAGGAUGCCAAUGUCUUCAGUUUGUAAUGCCCCAUGCGCUCUCACUGUUGUUUACAAGGUGACUUUUGUGUUUCAGUUUUGUGUUCCUGCUCAGUUGUUCAAAGACUGUUUCAUUUUGGUCAUCCCUGCCCUUUCCCUAUCUUCCCGCCAAAACAAAGGCUUGAAAUUAUGAUCAUGGCACCAUUCCAUAUCAUUAUUGCAUAGGCACGUUUAAAAUGAUUCAUUCAAAUGAAUCUGUGACUUCUCUUGGUUUAAUGUCAGGGCUCUUCUCCUACAGUUAGAUGCACUCACUUCCCAGCUCACUUUUAAUAAAUAUGUUAGUCGAUCUUCUCAUGUUAAGGAGAUAUGUACACAGUAUAUUUCCGCGUUGUUUUGAUUGAGCUGCUGCUUAUUCAACACAUUCACAAAUGCACAUACACCAAUAAGGCUAACAGUGAAGCACUUACAGUACGUAGGACCAAGCCAAUGUCCCAGGACCUAGCUAGCCACUGACCUCGCAAUCCACAACACGUUACCUCUAAUUACACAUAGACGACUCAGUUUGCUCAUUUAUUUUCUUCAUUUUUAAUAAUACAUGAUUAUAUUUAACAGAAGUCACAAUUUCAAGCCUUUUUUCCUCUUCAUUUAAAAUGAACCGUAGCUGUUUCUUUUUAAAAACGGACAAUGACUAAUACAAAAGCAUGGAGAACUACUCUAUAAAAUGGUGAGAAGUAACCUAUUUAUUAUCUUUCUUACACCUGUGGUAUGUUUGAGUGGAAGGUCUCCGCUGUGUAAAUUUCCCUCUUGUAAUGCGUGAAACGAGACUGUUUUUUUGUUUUUCCCAAUUUUUGUACAUAGCUGUAAAUAUUCUCCCAGGACGUUUUGCACCCUCCUCUUUGUACUUGUCAAAACUUGCGUAGAAUGUGGGGUUCCAGCAGCAACGCAACCAGAGCGCUCAUGGUGGGUGAUGUAACAAUGUAACUUCUUCUUUUUUUUGUUUUUUUUGUACAAUGUUAGUUCAAUUGUGUACAUAUUGUUGGUGCAGCUACGGGAGGGGGGGAUGUUGUUGAUGCUAUCGUCAGUGCUGUCAAAACGAUCCAGUACAUUCACCUCUAGCUGUGUUGAUUUCCUGCAAUUCAAAAAGCGAGAAACUUAAAAAUAAAAAUAAAAAAUGGAGAAAAAAAAUAAUGGAUAAGAAAAAAGAGAAAAAAAAAACUAAAUUGUUAUUUUCUACAGUUGCAUGUACAGAGAGCGCGAGAACUGCUGUUGUUCCUAAGAGAUUAUGUUCGUAAAUAAAUUUUUGAAAUAUG